CGCCAUAUUGGAAGUAGCGGCUGUCGAAGUGUGCUGAAGAACGUCCAGAAUAUCUCAGAAAAAAUAGCGGUAUUUUGACUAUGAGUAGAAAACAAACCCCAAGCGACUUCCUCAAAUUAAUUAUUGGUCGUCCAGUAGUGGUAAAACUAAAUAAUGGCAUGGAUUAUAGAGGUGUACUGGCUUGUUUGGAUGGAUAUAUGAACAUAGCAAUGGAACAAACAGAAGAGUAUGUUAAUGGUCAGUUAAAGAACAAGUAUGGCGAUGCUUUUAUUAGAGGCAAUAAUGUUCUUUACAUUAGUACACAACGAACUACAAGAAGAUGAAUCCUGCAACGUAAAAACUCCUACUUGACUUUCAACUCUUUCAUAGACGUGAGCACAUCCUAUAGCAUAUACAUAUUUCAUACAGUCUUUAAUUUAGGGUAACUUAUUCAAAUUCAAGUAUAAAGGAACAUUUCUAGCUGUCAACUAUUACUAAGUACACACCAAGUGUUGCCAAGUAAUUUUGGACUGAUUACUGAUGAYGUUAGAGCAAUACAAAUUUAUCAUGUAGAUUUUUCAUAAAAGCCAAAUAACCAAGCCCAUACAGAGCAGAGCUAAGAAUAAUGGCUGUCCAGUGGCCAAAUGUGAUGACAAACCACAAUAGAAUAUGUACUUUGAUGAUCUGGUGACCAUAGUGAAUCACAAGGCAAUAUAGUUUGCCCUUGGGCAACAGAAAAAAGGACACUUUCCUCAUGCUAGUGUUUGUUGUUUUUAGUUCACGCAUGGUCGUUGUUUGUUUGUACACGUUAUGACUGUUGAAGUCGGUCAUUGUUCCAUGAUAAUGGACAAUGAGCCUGAAAGCUCAGUUAUUGAAAUCCUAUAAUUACCAAGGUUGUUGAUAUGGUUAACCAAUAAUUAUGAUACCAACCUACAAAGAAACACUUAAAAAAAGRUGCUGAAAUGAAGACCCUAUGAUAUUUGACAAUUUUUUUCAGUUGUGGAACUGUGUAUUUUUCUUAAAUUCAUGUCUUGUCAAAUAAUUGUCUUGAUAUGCACCGUAAAUGUCAAACGACAUCAUUAUUGUAACAAAGCUUUGUCUAUUUGCCCCCUGGAUGACCCACGCUGCCUUGUCAUUCAAGAUGGCCACUUCAUUGUCAAAGUAGUCCAUAGACUGACCAAUAUGUGACCAGUGGAGAAGACUAGCUGAAGAAGCAUUUGGCCAGAUAAGGGCCAAUUUUAGCUGGG